AUGAGUUUCUACUUGAUGUAGUUAAGAAUUAUCCAAAACGAAUAAUUUGUUGGGACAAUUAAUUUUAUAAAUAAACUAUUGCAGAAUUAAGUAACUUAUAAAUUACUGAACAAGACUAUUAAAAUAAUUUAGCAAAUAAAAAAUUGGGAAUCAUGUACUAAUGCCUGUUUAUAUUUCAUUACCCUCUUUAAAAAACCCUGUUUUUAAGCAGUUGAGGAAUCACUUAAAUAAGAUGAUUAUGGGUUUGAUGAUGUUUAAUUGAAAGAAUGCAAAGAAAUGUUGUAAAAGAAAGAAUUCCGAUUCAUAUAUAUAAUGGACAGUUAUGAUGAAAUGAAGCUAGAGAAUAUUUUGAAUAAUUUAUACAUUAAUAAUAAGCUCAAAUAAAAUUGGUCAGACCCUCUUGUUAUUUUUACCACAAGAAGUGACAUUUUUACUAUCAGCUAUUAUGCCCACUGGUUUGGGCCUGAAGACAAAUAGAAAUUUAAAGAAAUCUAGCUUCUUUGUUUUUAAUAGAGUUAAAUAUAAGAAUAUCUUAUAAAAUUUACGUUUUAAAGUAUUAAAAUAUUAAUUUUUUUGAUAUGCAUGAAUGGUAUAUAUAAACUUAAAACUAAAAAGCUCUGGAUGUUAAAAAGGUUUGAACAGAGUUGGGAAAAGAUAUAGUCAUCAUUUUUGUAAUUCGAAGAAGCAAGGUGGAAAUCUGAGACUCCUUUGUAUGAAAAUAAAUCAACAGUAUUUUUUAAUUUUUGAAGGAUGAUGAGUUUAUUGCUUUAAAAAGCAAUGAAGCUAUAAGAAGCUUGAGCAUAAAUUUACAAAAAUAAUGGAGUUUGAAAAAGUAUGAAGAUAUGAUGAUAGUCAGUAAAUCUAAAUAAUUUAGUGGAAACUCCAUAUAUGAUGGAAAUUAUAGUUUAUGCCCAACUUGAUUCUUAAAGCAACUGAGAUUAUUAACAUUAAAUAAACCUUCUUGAAGAAUUUUUAAAAGAUGUUGAAUGAAUUCUUCAUAAGUAAAUACAGAAUUCAGAUGUAUAAAUCGCAACAGAAAAGGUAUCUGUUAGGAUUAAAAAAUGAACUUAAUAAAGAAUCUGAAGCGGAAAAUUAAGCUGAUAAUGAUGAAUUCUUGGAAGUUAUCGUAAAAAAUUAUACCAAAAUGAUGAGAAAAGCUUGAAUAAUUUUUGAACCAUACUCUAAAUGAUUUAUCAAACUUGGGAAUUAUUGAUUACCAUGAAAUUGCUCUUGGAGUUUGGAAUUAUUAGGAAGAAAAUUCGAUACCUUAAUAAUUGUAAAUCUCUUAAGAUUCUGAGGGAGUGCAUUAAUAACUUGAAAAUAUAUUUGAAACUAAUCUUUUGCUACCAAAUUAGAUAUUAAAGAAAAUAAAAAUUUAAUAGGAAAAAAUACUCUAAUUUGGUAAUGAUGCAUUAAAAGAACACAAUCUUACAAUUUCUGACUUUUAUUGUGAAUUUCUCAAUUAUUACUACUUGAAAUAAAUCGAAAAACCAAGAAACUUAGGAUAAUCUAUAUAUGCUGAUCGUUUUAUGCAUGAUCUAUUAGAAUACUCAAUUAGAUUUGCAAAAACAAUGAGUAAGAAUGAAAUGACAUAAGUUUAAUUUAAGUAGCAAGGACUUUUAUAUUAAAAUGAAACAGAAGAAAAAUUACUAAGAGAAUUUUUUAAUUAUGAUGAUUAAAACGGAGCUUAUAAAAAAGAUAUACGAAGUUGCUCACUUGUCUAAUAAAAAGGUGCUAAUUUUUAAUUUACCCAUAAAUCUAUAUAAGAGUUUUUGAUUACAACAGAUUUAUAUUAAGUUUUAGUUCAAUCAAAUAAUUUUGAUACAUAAAUCAUGAAUAUUAUAAUAGAAUUAUUGUCAAAAGAGGAGAAUCAAAAUUAGGAUUGCUUAGAGUUUCUAAAAAAUCUCAAGUAAAAAAAUUCAUAAAAUUAUAAUUAAAUUGGAAUUAAAUCACUUUUAGAAAAACAAAAAUAAAUUUAUGCCUUUGAAUAAACUAUUGAUUCAAUUGCUAGUUUAAUCAAUAUCAUUAAAAUACAUGGUAUUAAUUCUGUAAAUUAUUCCACUGAAACUUAUACUGAAACAAGGCAAUAUCUUAUUAAAAAAAUAUAACAUGAGGUUAAAAUAAUUGAAUUUUUGAAAUUCUUAAUACAUCUUACAAAAAUUGAUAAAUAUUUUAUUAUAAGUGGAUCUAAUGCAAUUAAUUUAUUGGUAGAAAUGUAGGUGGAUCUAACAAACUAAAAUUUUGAAAAUAUAAGAAUAGAAAUACAAAUUUAGUGGGAGGUAAUUUUUCGAUAUGUAAUUUUUCUAAGUCUAAAUUUGAGAGUGUGAAUAUCAAUGGAAUCAAUUUAAAUGGAGCUUAAUUAUUUGGAUGUAAUUGGAAAGAUUUAAAAAUAAACAACUUAUAUUAAUUGGAUGGUCAUAGUGGAACUGUCCUAUCAGUCUGUUUCUCUCCUGAUGGAAAUACAUUAGCUUCUGGUAGUUGGGAUAACUCUAUCCGUCUAUGGGAUGUCAAAACAGGAUAAUAAAAAGCCAAAUUAGAUGGUCAUAGUAAUUGUAUUAACUCAGUCUGUUUCUCUCCUGAUGGAAAUACAUUAGCUUCUGGUAGUGGUGAUUGUUCUAUUCGUCUAUGGGAUAUCAAAAACAAGUAUUGUUCAGAUUAUAGAUUUAAAGAAAUUUAGGUUAAAAAUACAAGAUAUCCUUUUUUUAACACCCCUUUGCAGUAAAAGAAUAUUAUUUAAAAUUUAGAUACAUCUAAUAUUAUGGUUUACCCAGACUUCAAUUUUUCAAGGUUUAAGAGAGUUUUUUAUAAAAAACCGUUUCCUUUUAGGAGAAUUAUAGGAGUAACACUUGA